AUGAUAUUAAGGGAACAGGUAGAGGCACCGGAUGAACGGUUGGAUACAGGAUUGUCCACGGACGCACGCUUGGACGGAACUACAGGUACGAACUCCAAGGGACACCUGGCUAGCACAGGGCCAGCUUCGGCGCAGAACCCGUUUGCAAGCUUCACAGGUGCGGAUUUGGUAUCCAGCAACACCCCGGUUCUUUCCGAAUGUGUGUUCGAUGAUGUGGAAGGCGUUUCUUUCCCAGGUCUCGACGACGAGCCAAUACCUUUAGGUAAGGAGAUGGGGGUUGCUGAGAGUAACGCAGGUAUGCGUGGCCUGAUGGAACAAGAAUGUGACGGUUUGGAGGACGUAUUGGCAGCACGUGAUCAACGAUGGGUAGAACGCAUGAAUCAACACGCGGUCGAGGAUGAUAGCGUUGGUGACGUUUUUGAGGGGGAGGUGUUACCGGAUCCUCUCGAGAGUGCGCACGAGUGCUCUGAUCAUCAGCUUGCGGAAUUGCAACAACAACAGGAGUCAGUUAUAGAUGAGACACGGGCUGAGGGGAACUUCGAGGAGGUUUCGGAUGUCCAGCUAAGGGCACAUUCGGGUAUUGGGUUUGCCCAGCAGCCGAAGCGACCAUAUACGGUUUCAGACCGUGUUGAGGGUGGUGGACCGGAUGUCGUUGUUACGUUUGAGCGGACCGAGAAGGCACCGCGUACGUUACGAGAUGUUUUGGAUGAGCUGGCGUUGAUCAAUACCAGUGCUAAGGGUAUGCGGAAGGGUCGUCACACUGGUAAUGGGCUUGCAGAGAUACUGUGUCGGACGUGUAAUCGGUGGUUGACUCGUUACUUGCCGGCGGAACAGGAGUCAACUUGGCCUGACGCUGUGGCUGAGUUUGUGUCGGCAUAUAAUUCAACCCGUUCGUCGGUGACGGGUGUGGCGCCGCUCACAUUAGCAACGAAUGGUCGGGUAUUCUCUCAUCAUGCCGACGCGGAUAUUGUGGAGUUAUUGCGUGGAGACUUAGGUGACUUAGCAACUCUGGAGAUGUUGGAGCCCGAGCCGCUUGAGUGUUGGUCCAGCUGA